GACCCAGCCUCAAUCCGGAUCCAGCUCUGCAGGACGGAGUUCGGCUGACCUGAUGAAUUAGGAGGUCCACCUUAAAAAGGGAGAUCCCGUCCUGGUCCCGCCCACUGUCGCGGUCUCCAGCCGCACUUUUCCCGCCCUCUUUCAGUUCUUCUGCGGUCCCGUCCCAGUGUUCCGGACCACUUCACGGUCUGGUCCUGCUGGUUCUCCGUGUGUUUUGUCUUCUGGAGUUGCUGGGUCAUUUUUUUAAUGCUUAUUUAUUUAUUUCUGGUGUUGAUCCGAUCCGUGUCCGACUCUUAAAUUUGGAUUUGGGUCUUUUUCCGUCCCGGGAUUCACCAUCUGUGACAAAAACGGUUUAAACGUCGGAGGUCAGAGACGCAGGGACGGGUUUUGGCAGAACCUGAACCACUGCGGAUCCAAGGUGGACCGAAAAGGACAUCGCUGUGAUUCCGACCUGGAUCCGGAUCGGAGGACACGAGGCAGAUGUUUGCAUCCCCGUUUCCCGUGGUAACCAACUGCACCAUGCUUCUUCACAUCAGGACUUAAAGUCCAGCACCCGACCCUCCGAACCCACAGCCCCUUUAAAACACACUCAUUCCACAACGACCUUUAAACUCAGAAGAGGAACCACAGUGCAGGUGGACGUUUAACAUGGCGAACGAGGUGGUGGCCCACCCUCCGGGGAAUUCGGUUGCUGAAGGCAACCAGGAGGGGGAUUUUGGUGUGGCCAUGAUGGAUCUGAGAAACCUGAUGGAGCUGAGGAGCAGUGAGGCAGUUGCCAAGAUCCGGGACACUUAUGGAGAUGUACAGGGAAUAUGCCGCAAUCUCAGAACCUCACCGAUAGAAGGUCUGUCCGGUAACCCUGUGGAUCUGGAGAAGCGUCACGCGGCAUUUGGGCAGAACUUCAUCCCCCCCAAGAAGCCCAAAACCUUCCUGCAACUAGUGUGGGAGGCUCUGCAGGAUGUCACGCUCAUCAUCCUGGAAAUCGCUGCCAUCAUCUCCCUGGGCCUGUCCUUCUACCAUCCACCAGGGGGCGACAGUGAAAUGUGCGGCCAGGUUUCAGGCGGCGUGGAGGACGAGGGCGAGGCUCAAGCCGGCUGGAUCGAGGGUGCCGCCAUCCUGUUCUCAGUCAUCAUCGUGGUUUUGGUGACGGCGUUCAACGACUGGUCCAAGGAGAAACAGUUCCGUGGGCUUCAGAGUCGGAUUGAGCAGGAACAGAAGUUCACAGUCAUCCGGAAAGGUCAAGUGAUUCAGAUCCCUGUGGCUGAGAUCGUGGUGGGAGACAUCGCCCAGAUCAAAUACGGAGACCUGCUGCCGGCUGAUGGCAUCCUGAUCCAAGGCAACGAUCUGAAGAUUGACGAGAGCUCGCUGACCGGAGAGUCCGACCAAGUGCGCAAGUCUCUGGAGAAGGACCCCAUGCUGCUGUCAGGAACACAUGUGAUGGAGGGAUCCGGCAGGAUGGUGGUGUCUGCGGUCGGCCUCAACUCUCAGACCGGCAUCAUCUUCACGCUUCUGGGAGCCAGUGAGAACGAUGAGGAGAAGAAGGUCAAGAAAAGUAAAAAACAAGGACCCCCUGAAAAUCGCAACAAAGCCAAGACACAGGAUGGCAUCGCCCUGGAGAUCCAGCCUCUGAAGAGCGAGGAGGCCGCCGAGUCUGAGGAGAAGGAGGAGAAGGAGGAGGCCAAGCCGGUGAAGAAGGUCAACGUGACCAAGAAGGAGAAGUCGGUUCUUCAGGGCAAACUGACCCGGCUGGCCGUGCAGAUCGGAAAGGCUGGCCUCAUCAUGUCGGCGGUGACGGUGAUCAUCCUCAUCCUUUACUUCGUCAUUGACACCUUCGGCAUCAAGCGCCGGCCCUGGCUGGCCGAGUGCACGCCCAUUUACAUUCAGUACUUUGUCAAGUUCUUCAUCAUCGGCGUAACGGUGCUGGUGGUCGCCGUUCCUGAGGGACUGCCACUCGCCGUCACCAUCUCCCUGGCCUACUCUGUCAAGAAAAUGAUGAAAGACAACAACCUGGUGCGUCACCUGGAUGCCUGUGAGACGAUGGGCAAUGCCACUGCCAUCUGCUCAGACAAAACGGGCACGCUGACCAUGAACCGCAUGACUGUGGUGCAGGCAUACAUUGGUGACACCCACUUCAAGACCGUGCCAGAACCUGACGCCAUCAAACCAGAGACUCUGGAAAUGAUUGUCAACAGCGUCUCCAUCAACUCUGCAUACACCACAAAGAUCCUGCCGCCAGAGAAAGAAGGUGGUCUGCCCCGACAUGUAGGCAACAAGACCGAAUGCGCCCUGCUGGGUCUGGUGCUGGAUCUGAAGAGGGACUAUCAGCCUAUCAGGGAUGAGAUCCCAGAAGAAAAACUCUACAAGGUUUACACCUUCAACUCCUCUCGCAAGUCCAUGAGCACGGUGCUAAAGAACGCUGACGGAGGCUUCCGGAUGUACAGCAAAGGAGCAUCAGAGAUCAUCCUGAGAAAGUGCUCUCGUAUCUUGGACGCCCAGGGUCAGCCCCGGAUCUUCAAACCGAAGGACCGUGAUGAGAUGGUGCGUAAGGUGAUUGAGCCCAUGGCGUGUGACGGGCUGAGGACCAUUUGUGUGGCUUACCGGGACUUUCCUGCGGAGGCCGGCGAGCCUGACUGGGACGUUGAGAAUGAAAUUCUCAGUGAGCUGACUUGCAUUGUUGUCGUUGGCAUCGAAGACCCUGUCAGACCUGAGGUACCCGAAGCCAUUUCUAAAUGCCAGCGCGCUGGCAUCACUGUCCGUAUGGUUACUGGAGACAACAUCAACACGGCUCGUGCCAUUGCAACCAAGUGUGGGAUCCUGCUGCCUGGCGAGGACUUCCUGUGCCUGGAGGGCAAAGACUUUAACCGCCAAGUCCGAAAUGACAAAGGAGAGGUGGAACAAGAGCGCCUGGACAAAGUUUGGCCCAAACUUCGCGUGCUGGCUCGUUCCUCACCGACAGACAAACACACCCUCGUCAAAGGCAUCAUUGACAGCACGGUGGGUGAAACCCGGCAAGUGGUGGCAGUGACUGGAGAUGGUACUAAUGAUGGCCCCGCCCUCAAAAAAGCUGACGUUGGCUUUGCUAUGGGUAUUGCCGGCACAGACGUAGCCAAGGAGGCGUCAGACAUCAUCCUGACAGACGAUAACUUCACCAGCAUCGUGAAAGCCGUCAUGUGGGGCAGGAACGUCUACGACAGUAUCUCCAAGUUCCUACAGUUCCAGCUGACCGUCAAUGUGGUGGCUGUGAUCGUGGCAUUCACCGGCGCCUGCAUCACACAGGACUCUCCUCUGAAGGCUGUCCAGAUGCUCUGGGUCAACCUCAUCAUGGACACACUGGCCUCACUCGCUCUCGCCACUGAACCGCCGACCGAGUCCCUGUUGCUGAGGAAGCCGUACGGGCGUGACAAGCCGCUGAUUUCCAGAACCAUGAUGAAGAACAUCCUGGGCCACGCCGUCUUCCAGCUGGUCAUCAUCUUCACACUGCUGUUUGCUGGAGAGAAGUUUUUUGACAUUGACAGCGGGCGUAACACCCCGCUGCACUCGCCACCAUCAGAGCACUACACCAUCGUGUUCAACGUGUUCGUGAUGAUGCAGCUGUUCAAUGAGAUCAACGCCAGGAAGAUCCACGGCGAGAGGAAUGUGUUCGAGGGCGUCUACAGGAACCCCAUCUUCUGCAGCGUGGUCCUCGGCACGUUCGCUCUGCAGAUCAUCAUCGUGCAGUUUGGUGGGAAGCCGUUCUCGUGCACGGCUCUGACCAUCGACCAGUGGCUGUGGUGUGUCUUCAUCGGCGUGGGCGAGCUGCUGUGGGGACAGCUGGUCACCUCUGUCCCCACCCACCGGCUGAAGUUCCUGAAGGAAGCAGGACACGGCAUCACCAAGGAGGAGAUCCCGGAGGAGGAGCUGACGGAGGGUGUAGAUGAGAUCGAUCAUGCCGAGAUGGAGCUGAGGAGAGGCCAGAUCCUGUGGUUCCGAGGUCUGAACCGCAUCCAGACGCAGAUUAAGGUGGUGAACGCGUUCCGUAGCUCCCUGUACGCGGGGCUGGAGAGUCCAGAGUCCCGCAGCUCCAUCCAUAGCUUCAUGGCCCAUCCUGAGUUUGUCCCGCUGUCCGAGGAGGAGGCGUGCAUCACCCCCAUCGAGGAGUCCGGAGACGAGAUCGAACCUCUCCCCAGCACCUCUGUGGCAGGCGAUGAAGAACCACCCUGCACCUCCCCCUCGAGCCAUCAGUCAUUCCUCUGAGCUCCUCUUCCUUCAUCAUUCGCCGACCUGUCCAGGGUCCUCACCCCUCCCCCUCCUCACCUUCCUCACCCCUCCCAUGUCCAUGCUGUGUUUUUGGUGAUUCAGCACUUCCUCCAUUGAUCACUAGAGGGCAGCGUACAUGCCUCAGUGCUGGACGGUCUGUCUGCCUUUUUCUCAGUUCCUGUCGGCUCGGAUGGUUCUGUGGUUCUGGGACUGACUGUAGCGUGUCCUGUUGUGUCCGUGCUUCAUUCAGACUUUUUCAUCACCACUCUCGUCCACACACACUUCACGUUUUUUCCCACAAACUCAAAGCUGCGUUUGAUGAUCACGUUUUUAGGCAAAUGCAAAAGUUUGGCUGCUGUUGGCUUUUAUUCCUUUUAAAUGGAUGUUAAAAGUUAGGUCGGUUUGGAAUCCAGAGAAUGUGCCGCUGAGUGCCGCGCUGCAACCGCUUCUCGCUUUUAUCAUCUCUACUUUUAGCUUUUUGGACAAACAGAAUGUUUACGACCCAGAAACAGCCGAACUGUCCAGAAAAGACUCGGUUCAGAGUCUGACCUUAUCCAGUCUGACACCUGCUGGGACCAGA